AUGCUGAUCAAAGAGUCCUACAAAGUAUUACAUGGUACACAACUUGUAGAAGGUUUAAUGAAUUCACGAAUACAUAAAACUUGUUAUUGGAAAUAUUAUCGUCAUGCUCGUAAACCACUUGCUGAUGUAACAAAUCAUCAUUCAUCAUCAUCGAUUUCAAAUACCUUCACAAAUACUGGUUCUACCAUUAACGCUGUUAUCAAUACAAGUAAUGGAAUCAAUGUUGAUAUAUUGCCAUCACUAUCCGCUACACAAGUAUCAUCUGACAUACAAUCAUCAGCAACAGAAUCAUGCGAAACAAUUUUUCAACAAAAUUAUUCAAAUCAACUUGAUAUAUCUGUAGAAACUACUUCUCCUCUGUUUAUAACGUUAUCAUCGUUGAGCGAAGAAAUAAAUGAUAAGGUACAUUCAUUACCGUCAACAUCCGAAAAAAAAAUUGCUCCAGAUAUUGAUACAUUACCAAUUGAAAUAGAUUCAAGUAACUUAGUUAGCAAUCGAAAUGAAGUAUUUCAAUCAAAUGAGGAUUCGGAACUAUUCAUAACUGAUAGGAAUGAUGAUUGUGAACAAUUCAGUGACUUUUUACCAUUGAUUGUUGAAAACGUAACACCUUUAAUCCAUUCGACACCCAUUCUUUUAGACCAUGAAACAACUUUAUUGGAUCGGUCUUCUCGUAGUGUUGGUCGUUCAGCAGGUGUUAAAAAGAGUGCUGAUCAACUUACAUCAUCAUUGACAAAUAACAUGAAAUUUUGCCUAUAUCAAAAUAGCUUUGAUGAAUUAUGUGGUUGGUUAAAAAAUUUAUUACAAUCAGGUCUAUUAAUAUCUAUGAUUAAUGUUCAAGAAAAAUAUAGAGAACUUCUUCGAUCAAGGAAUGAAACAAUUACAGAAUCAAUACUUCGUACUACUUCUAUUCGAGAUCGUCUUAAAACAAAAUUUGGAGAAAAAAUAUUGUUCACCAAGACCAAUAAAUCACAAGGUGUAUAUGUCUGUUGGAAUAGCAUGUCGGAAAUUACGCAUUCCAUUUUGACGAAUAAUACCGUUCUUGAUUAUGAUGAUGCGAUUGAAUCGAAUCGUAUUUACAAAACUCGAAACAUUUGCGAAGAUAAACAACCAUUAUGUGAAAAGCUAAUUGAAGCCAUAGGACUUUUACGUGAAGCCAUGCAAGAAAAUUUACAUUAUUUAAAAAAAGUUCAACAAAAUCAUGAAUCAUUAGCUCAAAUUACUUCUGAUUUAUUUUGGGAUUGUGCUUCACUAAUCAUCAAAAACUUUAUCGGUUUGUUGACAUCAGCAGAACGUGAUUUUCAAUCUUUUAGAAAAGACUAUCAAUUUUACAAGUUAUAUGAUGAAGAUAUAUUUAAAUCAUCUGAAAAAUCACUAAAAAUUUCAUCUAUAGUUUAUGAUAUUAUAGGUGCACGAUACAGUCAUUUUGUAACACAUAAACAUAUAUUACUCGGUAAUGAAAUAUUCCACCAUGUUCGAUCAUCUCAUUUAUUGAAUAUAAUGAAUAGAUUUGGGCAUACAUGCUCAUAUGAGACAAUGGUUCGAUUACAAAAAAAAGCAGCUGAUGCAAUUGCAUCCUUGUCUCCAACAGCACUACCACCAUCUGUAAAACAAGAACACUCAUUUGCAAUAGCAAUUGUUGAUAAUUUUGAUUUAAAUAUCGGAACAUUACAUGGUGAAAAUAGCAUUCAUAUUUUAAAUCGAAUAAUUAUACAAACACCAAAUCCUGAAGAACUUUUAUGUGAUGUUAAUCAAUGUUUAGUUGAUUUGUGUAGUCGUGUGGCAGCAGCUAUAGAAAAUACAGAUCAUGAUGCAACGCAUAGUGAUCAUGUACAAGACACGACGAGAUCAACAGCCCAAAUAAUUAAUAAAAUGGAAUACAAGCCAUAUAAAGAUAAUUCUUAUGAUGCUAUAUUGUUGUCAUAUAGUUUAAUGAAAUAUGCUUUUGAUCAAAGCAAUGAUCUUACUAAAAUCAUAGAUAGUCACAUGCAAAUUAACUUGCCAUUAUUAUCUGGAUUUUUGGCUUCAUUCAUUGAAAAUAUGCAGCGUCCAUUAUCAAAAAUAACCUUUUUGCCGCCAAUAAAUCAGGAUCCAAGUUCAUUAUCAGCAUCAAAAUUGUGCAUGGCAUCGAUUAAAACAGCUUUAAUUGAUUCUGGUUUCCAAAAAGAAGUAGUGAUCGUAGCAGAUGAAAAAAUUUACAGCCAAUGCAUAAAGGUGAAAAGAGAUAAUAAUAUUGAUAAUAAUAUGAUCUUUGUUUAUGCCGGUGACUUUCAUAUUAUGAAAAACUAUUUGAUUGUCAUAUGGGAUGUAUUGAAUGGAAGUGGUAUUGAAGAUAUUUUUGCAUGUAUUUAUAAAGGAGCAGCUCAUCGAGCAGCCAUGAAUGUUCAUAAUUUCAAUAGCUCAUUGCGUUGCUGCAAACUCCUAUAUUCAGCAUUAUCAAUAUUGUUCAUUGAAUCAUUCAUAAAGACAUCAUUAUCAUCAUCUUCAACAGCAAUAGCUGUUGAUAAAUUAAAACAAAUUUUAGAAGCUGUACCAUCAGAUUAUGCUACAAAUAAAGAAAAACAAUCUUGGUUUGUUUCAUUAGUAGAUGAGAUCAAGAAUAUACAGUUACUGGAUAUCAUAAAUCAAUGGGCAAGUGAACAAUGUGAAAAAAAUUUGGUAUUUAAAUUUUGGUAUUUCGUAUAUCGACAGUUGUUAGAACCUCUAAUAUUAUUGUACAUGUCAGUCAGAUUAUCAAACUUCAAUGGAAGAAACGCUGCAUUGUCAUUGAUGGGACCAAUAUUUUUUUCUACUAAUCAUCGUAAUUACGCAAGAUUAGUAGUGCAACAUUUAUUAGAUCUACAAUCAGCUUCAAGCUAUUUACGUGAAAAUUUGGAAAAAUUUUUCACUGUUAAUCGUUCAAAUAGACCAUUCUCAGCUAUUGCAUUAGAUCAGGCGAUUGAAUGUUCUAUAAACAAAUAUGGAAAAGGCCGAGGUGGCAUAUCUGGUAAAUUUAGUGCACAAUUAAUUGAUAUUUGGUGUCAAUCGUUUUCAUAUCGAUCAACAUUAUCAUCAAUCACCAAUGAUAUUGCAUCUUUAGAAAGAAAAAACAACUCCGUUGAAGCUCAUAUCGAGUGUUCACCAAGUCGAUUGGUACAAGAUAAUAAAGAUUUAUGCAUAAUUAUAAAGAAAUUAAAAGAUGAAAAUAUAUUUAUAUAUCCAAAUGAACGUGUAAGAAAAAUCAUGAAUGGUAAAAUUAUUCAUCAUAAAAUAAUCGAAAAUAUUGUAACGAUGUACGAUCGUGGUUCAGAAAAAAUGUAUUUAUUCAUUCAAGAGCGAUACAUUGACCAUUCGCUUAGUAUUGAUCAUCGUUUAUCUGCCAUGCCUCGUCUGGAAUUAUGUGAUGAGUUUCAAGAAGAUGGACAACAUAUUUUAAUGAAAAAACGAAAAAAUAAUGAUAAUAAUAAGAUAUUUAACAAAAUGAGUUUGGAUUUGGAUUUACUAUUUGGCUGUGAGUUUGCACCUGUGCCAUUCGCCUUAUGUGACAGUCAAAAUUUCAAUCUUUUAAAUCAACAGCAAAAAUCUGAUGUAAUUAAGUUUUUUGAAGAAGAAUGUUCCGCAGCUUUUACAAUGAAUAAUCCAACUAUACAUGGUGGUAAAUAUGCAUUAAUAAUAGACGGUGGUCCAUUGUUAGAAAUAAAACCAACUAAAACAAAUUCUACUAUCUUGGAUUAUGCAAAGCAAUUAUUAUUGAAUAAUAUUGUACCUGAAUUUCAACGUUAUGAUCGAAUAGAUAUUAUUUUUGAUUCUUGUAAAAGUAAGAAAAUAAAAUCAUUUACGAAACGCCAUCCGUAUGAAGACAAGGAGCAACAAGACUAUGAGUUGAAGAAGACAGAUAUUUUGGAUUCGACUAGAUUUCAUAGUUUCGUUCACAGUAAUCGAUCCAAAUUAGCCUUAAUGGUUCGUGCAUGUUGGUCAGAAGACCAAUUAAUUAACCUUUUACCUGCGAGAAAACGUUUAGUAAUUGCUGGUCCACAAAAUGAAGCAAUUAAAUUAAUGAAGGAGAGCACAUUAUUAUCAUCGUGUUCAUGUGAAGUAUUACUUGAGUUAGAAAGUAAUCACAUAGAAGCAGACACUCGCCUCUUCUUACAUGUAUAUGAUGUUCAAGUUGACAAUAACGAUGAAGAAAUGUUUGAAGGUGUUGUUAUCCAAAGUAAUGAUACAGAUGUUAUUCUACUUUCAAUUUCACAUAACAAAAUUGUUAAUUUACCACAGUUUUACAUUAAAAAAUUCAAUAAUUCUGCCAAAAUUUCUACAUUUAUCAAUGUGAAAAAAAUUGGUCAGUUCUUAAAAUCAAAAUGGCAUAUUGAUGAACCAAGUGUUCUGCUUACUAUACAUUCAAUAUCUGGAUGUGAUACAACAUCUUUUAUUCGUUUUAUUACAAAACGAAGUUUAUUUUUAACAUAUUUAUCAAAUGCUAAUCAAUUUAAAGAUUUACUUCAAUUUGGGUCAAGUCCAACUGUUAAUUACGAAUCUAUUCAAGCAGCUGAAAAACUUGUGUUGCUAUGUUAUUCUAAUAAAUCAUCUGUAUUUCGAUCAAUAGAGUUAAUGGGGAAUUUCAUUUUGCGGCAAAUUCGAAUUAAUCCACAUCUUCCUAUCCGAAUUCAGCGAACAUAUAGAUGCUAUGGACAAGCGAAAUAUAUGAUUUAA